AUGAAGAGUGUAACAAAUUAUCGUCCUAUAACAUUACUUAGUGCAAUACCUAAAGUCUUUGAGAGUAUUGUUUUUGAUAUGAUUUAUCAGCAGGUGGAACACUUGAUAAUUGAUGAACAGCAUGGCUUUAUGAGAAGAAGAUCAGUACUGACUAACUUAACACUGUUUACUAACUUUGUAGCAUCUCAUAUCGGAAAAGGUCUUCAAGUGGAUGUGAUUUAUACUGAUUUUGCGAAAGCUUUUGAUAAGGUUGAUCAUGCGAUUCUGGUGUCGAAGCUAGAGGCUUUAGGUUUUUCAGUGGAUUUAAUUAUCUGCAUUAAGAGUUAUCUUAAUGAUAGAUAUUCAUCGGUACGUGUUGAACAUGAGUUUUCAGAUGUUUUUUAG